AUCAAGACCUGUGCAUCUCAAUACUGUGGCCCGGACACUCUCGUCAGUGAGUCACGUAUUCCUAUUCUUUGGAUAGUUAGUCUGCAAUUACUCUGCUUAGAAAUGAUGGUGGCUUUACCGACACUUCGACGUGUUCAUAAACCUUGCAUAUUUUGUUUGACUGACGGAUACUUUCUCCCUUCUCGAUAUCCCGACAGGUAGCUUGACGAUAUGUCGCAAAUCGACCAAGUAGCUGCAAUGCAGUUGUCUGACUCCUGGUUCAAUGCAGUUAUCAUCGAGUCCCUAGCACAUGGUAUAUACACGACACUAGUGGCAGUUUUACUGUGGCAGAUUGUGUCGAUCAACAUUCUCCAUAGGCGCCAGACGAAGGUCCUAGUUGGAAUUUCCGUCUUCAUGUAUAUCAUGGUAACGAUCCACAUCGCUAUGAGAUGGUACUUCGCACUCAUAGACUCACUUAUUGCGGGUGGUCCAUUGUGGGUAUCGACGAUCGCUAGUGUCGUCGCGAGUGUGAAUAUAUUGAUGGCAGAUUGUGUAAUCAUUUGGCGGUGCUGGGUCAUAUGGGGAAGGAAUUGGAGGGUCAUCGUCCUUCCAUCCAUAUGCACAAUCUGCGGGAUACUCUUCGAUGUUUUCUUCUUGAUUCAAGAGUUGACGCCCUUUACCGGUUCUCAAGGCGGUUCUUCGACUCCGUGGGGAAGCACCUCUAUCAAAUGGGGAGUAGCAUACUAUAGCAUGACACUCUCGACGACGAUCAUAUGUACGGUGCUCAUCGUGUACCGGCUGGUUCAAGCGAGGACCACCAGCUUGUCUCUAUCCGUUCCCGCUAAUCCGUACCACCGAGUCAUGGAGGUCAUGGUAGAAUCGGCUGUAUUAUAUGUCAUCGCACUAGUGGUCUACAUCCCGUUCAUUGCAACGGAUAAUCCAUACAGUCUUUAUCCACAAGUUUUUCUGGUUUCUGUUACAGGCAUUGCGCCAACUUUGAUACUCCUUCGAGUUGCCUCUGGAAACCAAUCAGGGAACACGAAUCCAGGUUCACCAGAUAAUACUAUGCGUUUGGGGGAUUUACAGAGCCAGUCAAAAUUGAACGCAAACGGCAGUGUUACGUACAUGGAGGAGGAGGAUCUGAGGCUCAUUAUUCCGGCAAAAAGUAAGGCAGUUGUAUGAGUCAUGCGUAUUCAUUAUCCUGUAGGUCGGUACAUGGCGACUAGAGCAGGUGGAAAUAACAGUAUUUGUACUUUCCCACUUCAGUGGAUAUAGAACAGCUCUGAACUCUGAGUAGGAAAUGCCUCGGCGAUGAGGGCAGAGGUUGUGGUGAGGAAAGGGACGGUGGUUUAGGUGGGUCAUUGAUACGAGAGACGGACGAGGGAUGAAGAGGAGGAGUGGUCCUCGCACGUUUCGGUGAUAAACGUUUCCAUAGACGAGGAUCUGUUGGCGUAGCGAAUAAAUAUGUGAUAGCCGUCACGUCACUCUUUGAAUCACGAUCAGGAUCAUUACCGAUUUCCUCGAGACACUUGAUCAAAAGGAUCCACAGCAUGAUAUCAUUCUCACUCGGAGUGUCAGCGUCGCGUCAGUGUAUGGAAGAGAUACAAUUGUUGAGGUGGGAUUUGAAUUGGGUGAGGAGACCGCGAUUUCUGGGAUGACGAGGC